CUUGCUAGGAGUGGAAAACGAACAGGGUUUUUUAUCAUUGGACAACGGGUCGGUCACGAUGUCCAUUAAGCCUUCAUCGUUCCAUAACCUUUGCAUUUCUAUCUAUGUGCGUUCGGGGGCUGGGAUUAUGCAAUCGUGGAUCGCACGGGCUUCCAAGAUGUAUUUAUAUCUUCGCUCCAUAGGCUAUGGAGAUGAUGUUGGCUUAGAUAUCAUAGAUGGUGGGCAUCUGGUUCCGUGAAACAACUGCUGACUGGUGUACAUAUGUAGGUAUGAUCUUCACCGUUUAUCCAAAGGACAGGGACAGCCCUUGUCACCUCUGCAAUCUGACGAACGAUCAUCACGCGCUCUCCUUGUCGGUAACCGCCCCCAUUGUCGAUUAUCAGACCAACAUGAUUAAAUCCUUCCCCGUCAUCUCUUGUCUCCGAGCCUGCGGCAUGGAUUCGGUUGAGGCAGAUGUUCCUCUCCGGGUUCGCAGGCACCUUACACGACGCCCAUUUCAGUUGCAUAAAACGGUGGUUUUGACCAUACCCAAGUUGAAUGCCGAGUACGGAUUCGACCCCGGGCGCGAAGGUGCUGAUGUAUGCGAGCAUUUUGGGUGGCCACUCCUUCAGAUCCUUGACCCUUCCACGGGAGAAUGGACGUCAAAUGGGGCCGCAUCCCAGUCCUCCGGGCCUGCGCCAGUCGUAUCGGACAAUACGCCAGAUCAGACGUUGAAUGAAGAGCCCGACUCUAUACCGUGCGGUACGGACGUGGCCAUGGGAAACAUCAAGGAAGCGCAAGCUGGCGAGGCUCCGACCAAGACAGAGAUCGUUCCCGUUGUGCAGCAUGAUAUCAGCACACGGUUGCUCAUCGUCAUAUUCAUCGCUAUUGGCAUUCAAGUUAUUCUAACUCUGUCAUCCUUUCAUAACUACUUGUAGAUAUAGAUCUGAUAAUUCGUCGUAUAGUCUUUUGGCUUCAGUAGAACUUUAUAACUUGC